AUGAAGUACUUUGGAAUGCUUGGUAAGACAAGAAAACGUUACAGAAGAGCUGUUCAAAUACGUGGUCCAUCCUUACAAGAACAACUCCUUGCUCAUGUGUACCAAGAUUCUCCGCAUGAAUAUACCUUAGUAAAGGAACGGAAACCUCGUUCCACGCCUAUAAAAAGGAGGAAAAAGCCGGUUCCUGGUCGUCGUCGUGGUGUACGUCGCCGCAUGAUUAUUGAUAUCCAUUUAGAAGUCUUAGACGAAUGUCAAAAAAGGGACACACAAUUUGCACAGAAUGACUUUUUUGAAAUUUUGGUUCAAGAAUUUAUGGGAAGCGAAUUUAUAGAAGAAGAAAAUGUUCAUGAGGAACAGGUUCCAUGUUUAGAUUCCGGGUUUAGGGAGGAAGACUUUGUUCCUAAGGAACAGGUUCCAAUGUUCAGAUUCCGGGUUUAG